AUGAGAAGCUCCGGCUUACUAGGCAUAUUGUUGCGAGGUGAAGAGAGCGUGAAAGGCUAUCGCGAAGUGCUGUCAAAGAUACACUAUUUCAACACGAGACCAGACAGCUACAGCAAACGUAUCUAUACUGUCCAGUGCGCAAUGCUGAAAGGAAGAGUGCUCAGCAACGAACUUGUGAUCACAAUGUCAAUUGGACCGCCAGUUUCGGAUGCACCACCGGUCUCUGUUUCGUCAACAGAAAGUCUCGACAGUCUAGAUAUGCUAGAGAGACACUUCGAACCCGCUUUCGACCAAGUAGGGAGCAGCCGACUACAGAAUAUCUUGGAAAUGGAUCUUCCUCGUCCGAAAGCUCUCCUUUCACAUCACGGCUACGAAGUAGGCCAAGGCGCCAUAGCAGGAGGAGCAGUUGCUGUUGUUGUGGUGGUCUGCGUUGGAUUUCUUCUAGUCCUACUCGUUAUUGGAGUAUUGAAAAUGAGGGAUACUCCACUUCCGCGCAGGAGAAAGAACAAAGGACAGGACGAUGGUAUGUCUUGGGAUGACUCCGGUAUGAACAUAACUGUGAACCCUCUAGAUGACGUCGAAAAAAAUAUUGCAGAAGAAGAGUUCACUGAAGACGAGGAAAGCUCAGAUGGAGAGGAAAGUGAUGCCUCGUAUCGGGAAGAGGAAGAACUGUCGGAUGAGGAUGUCGAACAGGAGGUUCUCCCUCACAUGGACUCACAACGUGGCGGAUUGGAAUGGGACGACGACGCCGUGAUGACAACAAGCAGUUCCACGAACACUCGCUCGUACAGAGUUUAA